CGCACUCUCCCUGGCCAUCUGGAGGGGGUUCCACACAGGAGUUCAUGGAUGGUGGAGCAGUGCUGUGGUGUCUCUCUCACUGUUUUUUAAAUAUUUAUUUCAUGCUGAGAAGACAGCACAGUGGUUCUGCAAAAGACUCUCCUGCCUAAGGCUCUGAAAUCCCAGGUUCAAUCCCCAACACCACCAUCAGCCAGAGCUGAGCAGGACUCUGGGUAAAAUAAUAGCAACAACAACAAUAAUAAAAAUAAUACAAUGGGGCUGAGGAGACACCAUAAUGGUUCUUCAAAAGACUCUCCUGUCUGAGGUCUUGAGCUCCCAGGUUCAAUCCCCAGCACCACCAUCAGCGUGAGCUGAGCAGGGCUCUGGUGUCUCUCUCUCUCUCUGUAUCUCUCCCUCUCAUUAAAAUUACUUUCUCCUUCUCCUUCCUCCUCUCCCCCAGGAUUAUUGCUGUGGCUCAGUGCCUAUACUACAAAUACAUCACUCCUGGUGGCCACCCCCCCCCCAUUCCUUUCUAUUAUACUUAACAGGACGGAGAGAAAUUGAGAGGGAAGGGGAAGAUAGAGAGGGAAAGAGAAAGACGCCUGCAGCCCUGCUUCAGCACUCAUGAAGCUUCCUCCCUGCAGGUAGGGAGCAGGGGCUCAAACCCAGAUCCCUGUGCAUGGUAAUAGGUGCACUUAAGCAGGUAUGUCACCGCUCAGCCCCCCCUCCAUAUUUUAAAAAACUGAAACACACCUAAAAAAAUAAAAGUAAGUAGAUAUUUGUUUAUUCCUUAAUGAGGAGAGAGAGAAACCAGGGCACAGCAUAGCUCAGUAUGGUGGUGCUGGGGAUUGAACAGGAACCUCCGGGGCUUCAGGCCUGCACAUUGGUGUCCAACAAGCCAAAGUGGCUCUCUCUCUGCUGGGAUAUCGCUUGGUAGGCCCCACCCAGCCCUCCUGCGAGAGUCUCACAGCAGAAGCCACUGUUUUUAUUUUAAAAGCUCAGAUCUUGGCCUGCGUCCUGGAACGCUAACCAUGGCUGCUGGGCAGGAGGGGACAGGUUUCCCCGGGGUGUGGGGGGGCUCGCAUAGGCCUGAGGCAGACCCCCCCCAGCCCUGCUGCCCCCACCCUGUCAAAUAAGUCCCCCCAGAAGUGGUCAUCCCCGGGGUGCUGGCUCCAGCAGGGACCCCAUUUCAGCCUCUGCACUCAGCCACCGAUGGGGGACCUGGGGUUCAGCCCCCCCCAGCAGAGGCCACCUGACCCCCCUGGGCUGGCACGAGAUGGCUCAGCAGGGAGAGGGCAGGCUUCGCCACACACGAGACCCAGGUUCCAGUGUCCCCUGUCCUGGGGAGACCUCAGAGCUGCCUGUCGGCCUGGAACCCUGCUGGUGACAACCGAGUCUGAGUCAGUAGAAACUAUUGGCUCGGAAAGCUCGGUCCUUCGGUGUGUUACCAGGAUGUCCAGGAUGCGGGGUCUGGGGGAGCCCACCCCCAUCCCCCAAGGAGAAAUCAGAGCCUCAAAAUCCAGGGUCCUGGAGGGCUUCCUGGAGGAGGGGGCCUGUUGGGGGUGCUGGGCCAGGGUGGCACCUGUGUCCUCAGUGUCCGUGCAGGCGGGGGAGCAGAGCCCGGGCGCGGGGGCGCGGCGCGGGGGGCCGCUUAGCGCAGGGGUGUCUCGCAGCGCGCUGCAGGAGCAGAAGGGCGAGCUGCGCAAGCGCCUGUCCUACACCACGCACAAGCUGGAGCGGCUGGAGACCGAGUUCGACUCCACCCGCCAUUACCUGGAGAUUGAACUGCGCCGUGCGCAGGAGGAGCUGGAGAAGGUGACUGAGAAGCUGCGCAGGAUCCAGAGCAACUACAUGGCGCUGCAGAGAAUCAACCAGGAGCUGGAGGACAAGCUGUACCGCAUGGGCCAACACUAUGAGGAGGAGAAGCGUGCGCUGAGCCACGAGAUUGUCGCCCUCAACAGCCACCUGCUGGAGGCCAAGGUGACCAUCGACAAGCUCUCGGAGGACAAUGCGCUGUACAGGAAGGACUGCAGCCUGGCGGCCCAGCUGCUGCACUGCAGCCAGAGUUACGGGCGGGCGCACGCCGCUGCCGCUGAGCUGUCCCCGGACUUCCAGGGCCGCGGCCUGCGCCUGGACGCCCGCGGCUGCAGCCUGCCCUCCCCGCGCUGCGGCCCCGAGCCCGCCAGCCUGCCGCCCGCCGCCGGGGAGCCGCGCUGCAGCGACACGGCGCUCUACUGCCCCCGCGACGGCGGGCCGGGCCGCAGGGCCAGCGACGACGCGCCGAGCAGCGACCUGGGCUUCCCGCCCGCCGCCUCCAGCGACAGCGCGGACGACGACGGCGACGACGGCGACGAAGGCGGCGGCGGCGGCGGCGGCGCGGGCCCGGGGGCGGCGGGGGGCUUCGCGGGCUACGGCUCCCUGCCCACGUCCAGCUCCUACUCGAGCUUCAGCGCCACGUCGGAGGAGCGCGAGCAGGCGCGGGCCGCCACGCUGACCGCCUCGCAGCAGGCGCUGUGCCGCGCCGCCUACCCGGGGCCGCCCGCGCCCCUCGCCGCGCCCCGCCAGGCGCUGCUGCCGCCCGGCCCGUGGGGCGCGCCCGCCGGGGGCCGCUGGAGGCCGCUCAGCCUGGACGGCGCGGCCGCCUACCCCUUCGCGGGGCUCCCCGGGCGCUUCCGCGGCGCCCCCGCCAGCCCGCCGCCCUACGCGCGCUACCGGCGCGACAGCUGCUCCGACGGCGACGACCCGGCGGCCGAGCCCCGCUUCCUGGGCCUGAGCCCCGGCCGCCCCGACGGCGCCGCCGGCAGCCCCGAGCCGCCCCGGGACUCCGCGCGGGCCUCCCCCGAGCCCCGCGCCCGCCGCAGCCCGCAGGCCGGCCCGAGGACCGCGGGCGCGGGGCUGAGCCGCAAGGACAGCCUGACCCGGGCGCAGCUGUACGGGACGCUGCUCAACUGAGCGGCCGCCCGGCGCCCCUUUUCUAAAACGAGCCUAUUUUUCUAGCGCGCCCCGUCCCUCCCUCCCGCGCACUCGGCCCCGCUCGGUCGUCGUCGGGGAGCCCCGGCCGGGGGCCCAGAGGCGCCCAGCCGCGCCCCGUGUCCUCCCCACCCCUCCCCACCCCGUGGUCGCAGCCCCCCCAGUGGGGCCGGUGCUUGUUCCCGGCGUCCCGUCCCCCCCACUGGCUACCUCAGUGCCGAGGAGGUCGUGUCCCCUGCUUGCUGUGCUGUCGUCCAUGCAUGCCGUCUGCUCACGUCUGUACUCGGACCAUUAAUAAAGACACAGGUGGACA